CUGAAGAUGGUGGCCGCCGCCUUCGCCGGCGCCGCAUCCCUGCACUGAGCGCCAGGGAGCCCGGCCGCCUGCCCACACUCGGCAUGGCAGCCAAGGGGGCCCGGCAGCGGCCUCGAUGGGGCGGCGGGGAUUUGGCGGCUCCUGCCCGGCAGCGAGACGAGGGGCCGCCGCUGGCCGCCGAGGAGAACAAAGCCGAAUCAUCCGGAAGCAAAGCAGGGCAUGUCUGGGCUCCUGAAGGAUCGACAGCUUUCAAGUGUCUAAUCUCAGCCAGGUUCUGUGCAGCUCUGCUAAGUAAUAUCUCUGACUGUGAUGAAACAUUUAACUACUGGGAACCUAUGCACUACCUCGUUUAUGGCAAAGGCUUCCAGACGUGGGAAUAUUCCCCUGUUUAUGCCAUUCGCUCCUAUGCGUACCUGUGGCUCCAUGCCCUCCCAGCCCUGUUCCAUGCCAGAAUUCUACAGACAAACAAGGUCCUCAUAUUCUACUUUCUGCGCUGCCUUUUGGCCUUCCUGAGUUGCGUUUGCGAACUUUAUUUUUAUAAGGCAGUGUGCAAGAAGUUUGGGCUUCACGUGAGCAGGCUUAUGCUGGCUUUCUUGAUACUUAGUACCGGGAUGUUCUGCUCAGUGCCUGCCUUCCUCCCCAGCAGCUUCUGCAUGUAUUGCACCAUCGUAGCAAUGACAGGGUGGUACAUGGACAGAAUAUCUUUGGCAGUCCUGGGCAUCGCUGCAGGAACCAUUGUGGGUUGGCCCUUCAGUGCAGCGCUUGGACUCCCAAUUGCCUUUGACUUUCUGGUCCUGAAAAGACAGUGGAAGAAUUUCCUGCAGUGGUCUGUGGUGGCUCUGCUCGUGUUUCUGGUGCCCCUGGUGGCCAUUGACAGCUACCACUAUGGGAAGUUGGUGAUAGCGCCGCUCAACAUCGUUGUGUAUAAUGUCUUCACCCCACACGGGCCAGACCUUUAUGGGACAGAGCCCUGGUCCUUCUACUUUGUAAAUGGCUUCCUGAACUUCAACGUGGCCUUCGUCCUGGCACUGCUGGCCUUGCCGUUGACUUCCCUGAUGGAGAGCCUCUUGCAGAAGUUUCGUGUCCAGAACCUGGGCCGCCCGUACUGGCUGACGCUCUCCCCCAUGUACAUCUGGAUCCUGAUUUUCUUCAGCCAGCCCCACAAGGAGGAGAGGUUUCUGUACCCCAUCUACCCCCUGAUUUGCCUCUGUGGAGCAGUGGGACUCUCGGCCCUCCAGAAAUGCUACCACUUUGUAUUCCAACGGUACCGUCUGGAGCAUUACACCGUCUCUUCCAACUGGCUGGCGCUGGGCACGGUCCUUGUCUUCGGCCUCCUCUCCUUUUCCCGUUCGGUGGCUUUAUUCAGAGGCUACCACGGGCCUCUGGACCUGUAUCCGGAGUUCCACAGAAUUGCCACUGAUCCCACAAUCCACACUGUGCCCGAAGGGAGGCCAGUCCACGUCUGUGUUGGGAAGGAGUGGCACCGGUUUCCCAGCAGCUUCCUUCUCCCGGAGAAUUGGCAGCUUCAGUUCAUCGCCUCCGAAUUCAGGGGCCAGUUGCCAAAACCGUUUGCCAAGGGGCCGGCAGCCACCCGCGUCAUUCCCACAGACAUGAAUGACCAAAACAAAGAAGAACCUUCCAGAUACUUUGAUGUGUCCAAAUGCCAUUACCUGGUGGAUCUCGAUAGCCCCGACGAAGCCCCCCGAGAGCCCAGGUACGCGGCUAACAAGGAAGAGUGGAUCACCAUUGCUUAUAAGCCCUUCUUGGACAGUUCAAGGUCCUCGAGGAUGUUUCGGGCUUUCUACGUUCCUUUCCUCUCUGACCAACAGACGAAAUAUAUGAACUACACGAUACUAAAGCCUCGGCGGGCAAAACUUGGCCGGAAGAAGUCUGGAGGCUAAAGGCUUCCGAGGCUGAAGAACUUUGCAGCCAGCCAGAGAUCCUGGCUUCCUCUUCAGGUUUCUUGAUCUCUCCCCAGUUUUGCAAGUCUGGCCUAAGAGGGCCUGGAAGAAAAAAAAGAAGAAGAAAAACCUGCUGUGUUUGUGAUGGUUUCCCAUUUUUUGGUUGGCUGUUCUGUGAGACGAGGAGAUCUGAUAGUUCCUUUUCAGAAACACCUCCAGGAAAAUAUUAACAAGGUGCUCUUCAUUCUGGUUAAGGAAGCCACAGGAGCAGACCAAAUUCCUGGCUGCAGAGUGGGGCUGUGCUGUGCUGUGCUGCUGUGGGGUUUGGGCCAUUUCCAACCCGCCCCCCAAAGAACCACCCCUGCCUAUCUGCCCUGGAGCAAAAGCCUCUGGUUGAUGUUUUGAGA